UGGCCGUUUCCGGAUUGCUUCUCUCCUGACCUGUUUCCGCCGCCAUUGCGGGUUUCUGGAGUUCGGCGCUGCGGCCGGUCGCCGUCUUCUUGGGGCAGAGCACAAGUGGACAUCUCGGGGGUGAACGUUGUAGUAGGCAUAUUGUUAUUUGAUUUAGAAAGUAGUGUAGUCGUAUACGUCUUUUAAGCGUUCUGUUUUUUUUACUAGCUAUCCCAGUCUCAAGUGAAGAAGCUGUAGCGUUAGUUGGCUAAGCUAGCUCAGAGAUAGGCAUUUCGGGAGUGAGAGAAGAGUGACCGCCAUGGCUCAGAUCCUGCCCAUCCGCUUCCAGGAGCACCUGCAGCUCCAAAACUUGGGGAUAAAUCCAGCCAACAUUGGCUUCAGCACCCUGACCAUGGAGUCCGACAAGUUCAUCUGCGUCCGGGAGAAGGUUGGUGAACAGGCGCAGGUGGUGAUCAUUGACUUGAACGAUGUGAACAAUCCCAUCCGUCGGCCCAUCUCUGCGGACAGCGCCAUCAUGAAUCCCGCCAGCAAGGUCAUCGCUCUAAAAGAUGCGGCGAAAACCCUGCAGAUCUUCAACAUCGAGAUGAAGAGCAAGAUGAAAGCCCACACCAUGACGGAUGACGUCACCUUCUGGAAGUGGAUCUCGCUGAACACGGUGGCGCUGGUGACAGAUAACGCUGUGUACCACUGGAGCAUGGAGGGAGACUCCCAGCCCAUCAAAGUGUUUGACCGUCACUCCAGUCUGGCUGGCUGUCAGAUCAUCAACUACCGCACUGACGCCAAGCAGAAAUGGUUGCUCCUCAUUGGCAUUUCUGCACAGCAAAACCGCGUGGUCGGCGCCAUGCAGCUCUACUCUGUGGACCGUAAGGUGUCCCAGCCCAUUGAGGGCCACGCGGCAGGCUUUGCCCAGUUCAAGAUGGAAGGAAACGCUGAGGAGUCCACCCUCUUCUGUUUCGCCGUCCGUGGCCAGGCUGGAGGGAAGUUGCACAUAAUCGAAGUGGGGACCCCGCCCACCGGGAACCAGCCCUUUCCUAAGAAAGCCGUUGACGUCUUCUUCCCGCCCGAGGCCCAAAAUGACUUUCCCGUCGCCAUGCAGAUCAGCUCCAAGCAAGACGUCGUGUUCCUCAUCACCAAGUACGGCUACAUCCACCUGUACGACCUGGAGACGGGCACCUGCAUCUACAUGAACCGUAUCAGCGGCGAGACCAUCUUCGUUACUGCUCCCCAUGAGGCCACCGCCGGCAUCAUUGGCGUCAACAGGAAGGGACAGGUGCUCUCCGUGUGUGUCGAGGAGGAGAACAUCAUUCCCUACAUCACCAACGUGCUACAGAACCCCGACCUGGCCCUGCGCAUGGCCGUCCGCAACAACCUGGCCGGCGCUGAGGAGCUCUUCGCCCGCAAGUUCAACAACCUCUUCGCGGGAGGAAACUACUCUGAGGCGGCCAAAGUGGCUGCCAAUGCUCCAAAGGGAAUCCUGCGCACACCAGACACCAUCCGGCGAUUCCAGAGUGUCCCCGCCCAGCCCGGCCAGACCUCCCCCCUGCUCCAGUACUUUGGCAUCCUGCUGGAUCAAGGCCAACUCAACAAAUAUGAAUCCCUAGAGCUGUGCCGUCCCGUCCUACAGCAAGGCCGCAAGCAGCUGCUGGAGAAGUGGCUGAAGGAGGACAAGCUUGAGUGCUCGGAGGAACUUGGAGAUCUGGUGAAGUCUGUGGACCCCACUCUUGCCCUCAGCGUCUACCUGCGGGCAAACGUCCCCAACAAGGUCAUCCAGUGCUUUGCAGAAACUGGGCAGUUCCCCAAAAUCGUGCUCUAUGCCAAGAAGGUGGGAUACACUCCCGAUUGGAUCUUCCUGCUCCGCAAUGUGAUGCGCAUCAGCCCUGAGCAGGGCCUUCAGUUCUCCCAGAUGCUGGUGCAGGAUGAGGAGCCGCUGGCUGACAUCACGCAGAUCGUGGACGUGUUCAUGGAGUACAACCUGAUCCAGCAGUGCACGUCCUUUUUGCUGGAUGCACUGAAGAACAACCGUCCCUCAGAAGGUCCAUUGCAGACCCGCCUGCUGGAGAUGAACCUCAUGCAUGCCCCACAGGUUGCUGAUGCCAUUCUGGGCAACCAGAUGUUCACCCACUACGACCGCGCUCACAUUGCCCAGCUGUGUGAGAAGGCAGGCCUUCUGCAGAGGGCGCUGGAACACUAUACUGACCUGUAUGAUAUCAAACGUGCCGUGGUCCACACCCACCUGCUCAACCCUGAGUGGCUGGUAAACUACUUUGGCUCACUGUCUGUGGAGGACUCCAUGGAGUGUCUGAGGGCCAUGCUGUCAGCCAACAUCCGUCAGAACCUGCAGAUCUGUGUCCAGGUGGCAUCCAAAUACCACGAGCAGCUGGGCACACAGGCUCUCACCGAGCUCUUCGAGUCCUUCAAGAGCUUUGAGGGUUUGUUCUACUUCCUGGGCUCCAUUGUGAACUUUAGCCAGGAUCCAGAAGUUCAUUUUAAGUACAUCCAGGCGGCUUGCAAAACUGGCCAGAUCAAGGAGGUGGAAAGGAUCUGUCGGGAGAGCAACUGCUAUGAUCCGGAGCGUGUGAAGAAUUUCCUGAAGGAGGCUAAACUGACUGAUCAGCUCCCCCUCAUCAUUGUGUGUGACCGCUUUGACUUUGUCCACGACCUGGUCCUGUACCUGUACCGCAACAACCUGCAGAAAUACAUUGAAAUCUACGUUCAGAAGGUGAACCCCAGCCGUUUGCCAGUGGUGAUCGGUGGGCUCCUGGAUGUGGACUCCUCUGAGGACGUCAUCAAGAACCUCAUCUUGGUGGUCCGGGGCCAGUUCUCCACCGACGAGCUGGUGGCCGAGGUCGAGAAGAGGAACAGGCUGAAGCUGCUGCUUCCCUGGCUGGAGUCGCGCAUCCACGAGGGCUGUGAGGAGCCUGCUACCCACAACGCCCUGGCCAAGAUCUACAUCGACAGCAACAAUAACCCUGAGCGCUUCCUGCGGGAGAACCCCUACUACGACAGCCGCGUGGUGGGCAAGUACUGCGAGAAGAGGGACCCCCACCUGGCCUGCGUGGCUUACGAGCGAGGGCAGUGUGACCAGGAGCUCAUUAACGUCUGCAAUGAGAACUCCCUCUUCAAGAGUCUGUCCCGCUACCUGGUGCGCCGCAGGGACCCUGAUCUCUGGGCUAGUGUGCUCCUGGAGACCAACCCAUACAGAAGACCCCUUAUCGACCAGGUUGUCCAGACUGCUCUGUCAGAAACACAGGAUCCAGAGGAGGUGUCAGUCACAGUCAAGGCCUUCAUGACAGCAGACCUUCCAAAUGAACUGAUUGAGCUUCUGGAGAAGAUUGUGUUGGACAACUCAGUCUUCAGUGAACACAGGAAUCUGCAGAACCUCCUCAUCCUCACAGCCAUCAAAGCCGACCGAACCCGUGUGAUGGAGUACAUCAACCGCCUUGACAAUUACGAUGCUCCAGAUAUUGCUAAUAUUGCCAUCAGCAAUGAGCUCUUUGAAGAGGCCUUUGCCAUUUUCAGGAAGUUUGAUGUCAACACGUCUGCUGUGCAGGUUCUGAUUGAGCACAUUGGAAACCUGGACCGGGCUUAUGAGUUUGCGGAGCGCUGCAAUGAGCCGGCUGUGUGGAGCCAGCUGGCUAAGGCCCAGCUGCAGAAGGGUUUGGUGAAGGAGGCCAUCGACUCCUACAUCAAAGCUGACGAUCCAUCAGCAUACAUGGAGGUGGUGCAGGCAGCCAACCAAAGUGGCAACUGGGAGGAUCUCGUGAAGUUCUUACAAAUGGCCCGGAAGAAGGCGCGUGAAUCUUACGUGGAGACGGAGCUGAUUUUUGCUCUAGCUAAAACCAACCGCCUCGCCGAGCUUGAGGAGUUCAUCAAUGGACCCAACAAUGCUCACAUCCAGCAAGUUGGCGACCGAUGCUACGAUGAGAAGAUGUACGAUGCCGCUAAGUUGCUGUACAACAACGUCUCCAACUUUGGACGGCUGGCUUCCACCCUGGUCCACCUCGGGGAAUACCAGGCUGCAGUGGAUGGAGCUCGUAAGGCCAACAGCACUCGCACCUGGAAGGAGGUCUGCUUCGCCUGUGUGGAUGGGAAGGAGUUCCGCCUGGCCCAGAUGUGUGGCCUUCACAUUGUAGUUCAUGCUGAUGAGCUGGAGGAGCUGAUUAACUACUACCAGGACCGUGGCUACUUCGAGGAGCUGAUCACCAUGCUGGAGGCAGCCCUGGGACUGGAGAGGGCACACAUGGGCAUGUUCACAGAGCUGGCCAUCCUCUACUCCAAGUUCAAACCACAGAAGAUGAGGGAGCACCUGGAGCUCUUCUGGUCUCGUGUCAACAUCCCGAAGGUUUUGAGGGCUGCAGAACAGGCCCACCUGUGGGCAGAGCUGGUCUUCCUGUACGACAAGUAUGAGGAGUAUGACAACGCCAUCAUCACCAUGAUGAACCACCCAACAGAUGCUUGGAAAGAAGGGCAGUUCAAAGACAUCAUCACCAAGGUGGCCAAUGUGGAGCUGUAUUACAAAGCAAUCCAGUUCUACUUGGAGUUCAAGCCGUUGUUGCUGAAUGACCUGCUCAUUGUGCUGUCCCCGCGUCUUGACCAUUCCCGCGCAGUCAACUUCUUCUCCAAGGUUAAACAGCUGCCACUGGUAAAACCAUAUCUGCGGUCUGUACAAAAUCAUAACAACAAGUCAGUCAAUGAGGCACUUAACAAUCUCUUCAUCACAGAGGAAGAUUAUCAGGCCCUGCGGACGUCCAUAGACGCCUAUGAUAACUUUGAUAACAUCUCACUGGCCCAGCGUCUUGAGAGACACGAGCUCAUUGAAUUCAGAAGAAUUGCUGCAUACCUUUUUAAGGGCAACAACCGUUGGAAACAAAGCGUGGAGCUCUGCAAGAAGGACAAACUCUACAAGGAUGCCAUGCAGUACGCCUCCGAGUCCAAGGACAUUGAGCUGGCGGAGGAGCUCCUCCAGUGGUUCCUUCAGGAGGAUAAGAAGGAGUGCUUCGCCGCCUGCCUCUUCACCUGCUAUGACCUGCUGCGGCCCGACGUGGUCCUGGAGACUGCUUGGAGGCACAACAUCAUGGAGUUCUCCAUGCCGUACUUCAUCCAGGUCAUGAGGGAGUACUUGAGUAAGGUUGAUGCAAUUAAGGAAAAGGUGGACAAGCUGGACGCAUCAGAGUCACUGAGGAAGGAGGAAGAGCAGGCCACUGAGACACAGCCCAUUGUUUACGGCACACCUCAGCUGAUGCUCACCGCCGGCCCCAGCGUCGCCGUGCCCCCCCAACAAGCUUACGGCUACGGCUACACGGCGCCGGCCGGCUAUGCUGCCACCCCCCCCCAACCCCAGCCAGGUUUUGGCUACGGCAUGUGAGGCCCCCACCUUGCUAUGCCUGGGGCCUGUCCAUCCCAUCUGUCAAGCAGUUCUCCACCAGCUUGUAAUGAUUAUCUACUCACUGCAGGAGAUUCGAAUAAGCAGUUAUUUUUUUUUAUUAUUACUAUUUUCUUUUUAAUUUUUCAUGAAGGACAUUUUACUUCUGUUGCUUAAAUUUUGGAUCAUAAUGUUUGUUGACUCCACAUUCCAUUUUCAGUAGAAUGAUUGUUCCCCCCCAUGUUUUAUUUCUAGGGUAAUUGUCAAUGUAUGUUUAGAUUUGGAAGAGAACGUCCACAAUUAAAAAGGUCUCUUUUGAAGCAUCUUAUUUGCACUCUGUAGUGAGAGGAAACUAAUGUAGAAUUUCCAUGUUGAUGUAAGCAGCUUGUUCUAAGAUGCAUUUAAUUAUUGUAUAUUAAAAAAGCUCAAUAUUCAUAUUUGAACAUUGAUCUGCCGCUUACACAACUACAACAGCUAGAAACACUAAAAAAAAGUCUCUACUACACAAAAGUGUAGUUGUGUAAAAAAUUAAAAAUGCAUACAGACGUGGUUUAAAAAGUAAAUUCUAAUCUUUCCCCAGCCUAUGCAGGUUACCCAGUUUAACUGUGUAGAAGUUUUUUUUUUUCCCCCGUUCACUCCAUGUAUACCAGGUGACCUUCUGUUGUGCUAUCGACAGUGUUGUGUGGGACCAUUCCAUUUGAAGGGGGGGGGUGACCCCAGCCCUUCUGACCUGUGUGUAUUAAUUAACUCGUCCCUUGUGCUGAGGUUUGUGUAUGCUGGAUAUUGUGGUGUACUAGGUCACUGUUCCAAGUGUACAGAAGAGAGGAUUUAAAACCUAAUGCCGUGCUGUCCUGAGGUUUUUUUUGCAAUUUGCCCACUGAUGAACGUGACAAUAAAAUUACAGGACUGUUUUGGUGUCUAAAUCUGUGUUAAAAUCAUAAAUCAUCCUCCCUCAAAAUUACCUUAAUAUUUCAUCUUCACUUAAUUUAUACAUAUAUAUUGGAUCAUCAUAAAUGAUUUCCCUCAAAAUAAAGGCUUCUUGUUUGUCAAGAACAAUUCUGUGUAAUGCCUGUUUAUGUGCCAUGUAUUUUGUUAAUUCAGAGUAUGGCUCAUAAUUAUACAUAAUUUGUAUUAAAGGUUUUAACAUGCAUUUCAAAUGUGGAAAUGCUUUAGUGUAACUGUAAAUGUUAACAAAUGCAAUAACCAGCUCAAUGAGUGGCUGUAUAUGGUGAAACGAAUAUACUCAACUAUGUACGUGUACAAUUGUCUGAAUUACGGAACUGUCUCGUUACCUAUUGCAGAAUGUCACACAACGGCCAGUUGUAACAUUGGUUUGAGUAUAAGGUAGGUCACUAGAUGGCACUGUAAACAACUCACUUCCACUGAGAGCAUAUUGAAAUUGUUAAAACUGGGAAAAUCAGUGCUAAGAUUGCUGGGGGGAGGGAUUUUACCACUAGUGACUGUCCAGUUGUGUCUCAGAUGUGUGGUUCGUGAAUAACAACUGAAGAGAGAUCUUUACAAAAAUUUCAUGAAAAAAUAUUUCGGGUUAAACUUGUUUAGAGUUGUGAUUAAAAGUUACCUGAAAACCUUAA